AUUAUCACCAAGUCCCGGGGUAAAGUCCAGCAACUGGGUCAAAUACGAGCAGCACGAACACUAAUACAGUGUGUGACACCAAAACAGCCCCCAAAACAUCAGGCUGAGAGACGAGAAGAGAAGAAACUAACCAGCAUGGAUACAACAUCUUCAUUCAUCAAGUCUGUAACCAAGCGUGUGUGGUCCCCGACACAGAGACCUUUCAGAGUGUGCUGUCACAACAGGGACACCAGGAAAGGCGUCACGGCCGGGACACUGGAGGAGCUGAAGGAGAAGGUAUGCCAGGCGUUGCUGCUCUCGCUGUCUGCAGUGUCUCUGUCUCUGGUUUGUGAGGAUGACGGUACAGAAGUCGACUCUGAUGAGUUCCUCAUGACCCUACCCGACAACGUCAUGCUCAUGGCCCUGGAGCCUGGACAGACAUGGAGAUCACAACAGGGUGCAGUUGUGCCCAAAGCUCAAGACCACAACAAAUCACGUACUGGGAGAGACAUAGCCCGCGUCACCUUUGACCUUUACAGGAUGAGCCCCAAAGAUGUCUUUGGCUCAUUGAAUGUGCAGGCCACAUUUCAAGGCCUGUACUCGGUGAGCGCUAACUUUCAGUGUCUUGGGCCCAAGAAAGUUCUCAGAGAAGUGCUGCGUGUGGCCUCCACCCUUCUUCAGGCUGCUGGACACCUGCUUCUCACGUCUGCCGCCAUGAUCCGCCGCAUCAUCGAAGGCGCAGAGCUCUGGCAGCCACAGAGGGCGGAGUACGCAGCCAGAUGGCACUGAGAUGGACCCGUUUACAUGCAACCUAAAGUAAUGAGGUCUUUUAUCAUGUGACUGCUGGACCUGUUUGAGAGCCUCUCACCCUUCAGUACCUACAGUAUUGGAAAAUUAUGCUUUACCUCCUUAAGAAGAGGGAAAAGAAAGCAGCUUGUUAAGAGGAACACCUGUAAAUAUUAAAUGUAAUUGUAUGAAUAGAUGUCGUAUUUUUGUAAUCAUAUUUCAGGUUUAAAGUAGAUUUUUAAUGCUUUUUUGCCUCUAACAAAGCGAGGUUUAGCAAGAUAGCUGGCUAAUUGUGAAAUAUUAUCCA